ACAUGAAACUGAAGUGCUUAGUAUUUGUUGUAGCAGCUUUGGCUACAUUUGUAGCUGCCGAGCAGAAAAGUUAUUCGGGGUACAAAGUUUACGAAUUGUUCCCCGAAAACGAUGACCAAAUCCAGAUACUAUCAAGCUUACGCAAUCGUCUAGAUUUCUGGAAAUUCAGUGGAACCACCCACCAUUCAUCAGUCGUCAUGGUUCAACCUGACCAAGAGCAAGAAAUUUUGAAAAUCUGGUCAAAAUAUGGAAUCCGGCAUGAAAUAAUGAUUGACGACUUGGAGAGAUCAUUUGAAAAAGAACGUCAACAGCAGACCAAUGCAUUCAAGAAGGACACCAGGGAAGGAAGGAUAUCAUUCGAUUACUAUCACAGACACGAUGCUAUUAAUAAAUAUCUCGACGAUCUGGCACAGAAGUACCCGCAAUUGGUUCAAGUAGAACAAGUAGGCAGAAGUUAUGAAAAUCGUGUCAUGAAGAUGAUAAAGAUAUCAAAUGGCGUCGGAAAUGGCACAAAACCCUUAGUUUUUAUUGACGCCUGUAUACAUGCCAGGGAAUGGUCAACUCCUGCAUUCGCCUUGUAUAUAAUUGACCAAUUAGUUGAAAAUUAUGAGCAAAAUAAGGAUAUGCUGGAGCAUGCUGAUUGGUACAUUGUACCUGUCGUCAAUCCUGAUGGUUAUGAAUACUCGCACACGAACGUUCGUCUUUGGAGAAAAACCCGAAGCCUAACCAGCGACCCCAAAUGCGUCGGCGUCGACGGCAACCGCAACUACGACUACAACUGGAUGGCAACCGGCGGCAACUCUAGGCCCUGUGAUGAGACCUACAGUGGCCCAAGUGCCACUUCAGAACCCGAAGUCCGUGUUGUGAGUGACCUUCUCAAAAAAUACGGCCCAAGAACCGAACUCUACAUCUCAUUGCACACUUACGGUAACUGGUUGUUAACCCCCUGGGGACACACCAAAGACCUGCCUCCAAAGUACGACGAGAUGCUCAAAUUAGGACAUGCCGUCUCCGACGCGAUUACAGCUUCCACCGGCUCUAAAUACACCGUAGGAAGCACUGCCCAUCUUUUGUACUAUGCCGCCGGCGUGAGCAACGACUACGGUUGGGGCGUCGCAAAAAUACCGAUGUCUUUGACUUGGGAGCUCCCCGGGGGCGGCCAGCACGGAUUCGACUACCCCCCGGAAUUGAUCAAGCCGAUGGUUAAGGAAACUUUCGUCGGACUGAGAGUUUUUAGCGAUUAUGUUGCAAAAGUUGCACAGGAAAAGAAAACAAAUAAAGGA